AUGGAGGUUUUCCAUUUCCUUAUGAAAAUUAAAAGGAUUCUUAUAUUGAAUAAUCAGCAAUCCAUAAUGAAGAAAUAUGCAAAAAAUCUCCUAUACGAUAGGUUGCAUAAAGGUGUUGUGUUAUGUUGUGUGGGACUAACUCUUUAUGGGUCUGUUAUUCUUGGUGAUCAUAUAUAUAAAUAUUAUAAAUAUGUUAGACCACGAAUCCAAGCUGCAAAGGCUUCUGCGGAACAAGAACUGUUGGCAGAAGGUUCAUCUGAAAAAGUUGUG